CGUCUAGUUUUAUAAUCCAGCUCUGAGUGAGACGCAGAGACAGUGACACCCUCCUCCUCGCCCUGCAUUCAGCGUCAGACCCUCCAACAACUACAACCACCAUGUCACCGGGACCCUGCCAUCCCCCACUGUGGCCCCCCAGGAUCUGCAACCAUCUGAGGACCCUGCUCCUUCUUUUCCUCUGCUUUACAGGGUCUUCUGCUGGAAUUGUAAAGACAGAGAAGAGCGUCACCGCAGUCCUGGGACUUGAUGUUACUCUCACUUGUUACUAUGAAGCUCAGGAUGGAGAGAAGGUCUCCCAGGUUGUUUGGUCAAAGAAAAGCUCUGGGGGGCAAAGUGUUCAGAUUGCCACCCUGAAUGCAGAAUUCGGGGCUUUUGUGUAUAAAGAGUUUGAAGGAAGAAUAAAAGAAAAAUCCCCAUUACAGCCGGAGGAUGGCACAAUAAUCCUGAAGAACCCUGUGCAGGCAGACGAGGGCACCUACCAGUGCCGAGUCAUCACUUUUCCAGCAGGGAACUUCGAAGCGGAUCUGAAGCUUACUGUUCUGGUUCCUCCUUUGCCAACGCUGAACCCCGGACCACCGCUGGUGGAAGGAGUGGGCCAGACAAUAGUGGCCUCCUGUACAGCAGAGGGAAACCCCGCCCCCAGACUGACCUGGCAGACAGAGGUGAUUGGCACAAACUCAUCUCGCACUUACGAUCACUCCCGAUCGACCUCGGUGACCAGCGAGUUUUAUGUUGUGCCGGUGCGCAGUAUGAAUGGCAAGGUGCUGAGCUGUGUGAUAUCCCACCCUGGUUUCCAGGAGGAGAAGAGGAUCACCCAUGUGCUCUCUGUGAAGUAUCUCGCUGAGGCAGCAUCUAUACAAGGCCAUGAGGGCUGGUUUGUGGGGAAAGAUGGCGCUUCCCUCCAAUGCUUGUGUGAUGGCAACCCGCCUCCAGUCUUCCAGUGGUCCAGGGAGAACGGAUCUCUUCCCAAGGAGGUGACCUUGGAUGGGGACAGAUUGCUCUUUCCGGGGCCCCUGAGUGCGACGGACGCGGGUCUCUACAGCUGCCAGGCAUCCAAUGACGUGGGCAGAAGACAGGCCAGUGUCAGCGUCUCUAUCGCCGAGAGCGAGCCCAGGAAGGUGGACCUCAUGUCCGUGUCACUGGUGUCAGUGGCUGUGGUGACCGCCAUCCUGCUGGUGAUCCUGGUGACAACGGUUGUUAUGGUGAAUCGUCAUCAUAAGAGGAAGACGAAGAGACUCUCCGAGAAAAUUGAGGAACUUUCUACGUUGUCCAGACAGGCAUCAAGGAGAAGACUUUCCACCUCGGCCAGCACAGACACGCGCAUGCAGUUGGAGGAAAGUCAUUAUAUGAGGAAUCACCCCGACAGUCUGAGGGACCCGAGUAUCAGCUCAAUCAUGGGAGAAGAAAUGGACCGGCGCAGUUACUCCACCUUGACCACCGUGCGGGAGACAGAGACCCAGACGGAGCUCCUUUCCACAGUCCCGGAUGAGGAGGGGAAGGAGGAGAGCGAGGGCGAGCAGCAGGAGGAGGAUAGGAAAGAUCUGGAGCAGAGUGAGCGAGGCAGCACUGAGGUCAUAGAAAACCAGCCCUUCAUCAAACAGGGAAUGAUGCAUUUCUAUCAGGAGAAUGGGACCUUACGUGCCAAGCCAAGUACCAAUGGGAUCUACAUCAAUGGCAGAGGGCACCUGGUAUAACUGGACCUUCCAGACUGAACAUCAAUGACAUGAGGCAACUGAUAUAACUGGAUCACCCACACUGGGCAUCAAUGGUAUGGGGCAUUCAGUACAACCAGACCAUAUAAAUGGACCACCCACGCUGAACAUCAAUGGCAUGGGACAACUGAUUUAACUUGACCACCCACGCUGGGCAUCAAUGGUAUGGGGCACUCGGUAUAACUGGACCACCCAGGCUGUAUGGGAGAAGGACUUGAACUGAAGACACUCUCACUCCUUCCACACUGAUGCCCCUCAGUGCCGCCAUCUACUUGUAUUGUUACUGAUCACACGGAAGCUACAGUGGCCUUCAUUGUUCUCCCAGAUGAGGCCCUAGACUGCAGUCAGUAUUACUCUGGUUACAUUGCUGGUGCGAUGGAGAUUAUAUGCCGUUAUAAUGGACGUGACCGCCCGGGACUGAAUGGGACACUCCGACAUGUACAACACAGAAUGGGGUGUGACCCCAGAUAAUGGGAAUGGAGCCUCUCCACUCUCAGCCUUCAGUCUGUGGACCCUUUAAUACCUGUCUGCAGGAUAUCUCUCCUGCCUACCAGCUCUAGCCACACGCUGAACAUACUGCCAAAUGGAAGCCGCCCCAUGACGUGGACCUCUGAUGUAAAAUAUGACAUGGACCUCUGAUGUAAAAUAUGACAUGGACCUCUGAUGUAUAAUAUGACGUGGACCUCUAAUGUUCACCACGACGUGGACCUCUGAUGUUCACCACGACGUGGACCUCUGAUGUAUAAUAUGAUGUGGACCUCUGAUGUAAAAUAUGACAUGGACCUCUGAUGUUCACAAUGACGUGGACCUCUGAUGUAAAAUAUGACGUGGACUUCUGAUGUUCACCACGACGUGGACCUCUGAUGUUCACCACGACAUGGACCUCUGAUGUUCACCACGACGUGGACCUCUAAUGUUCACCACGCCGUGGACCUCUGAUGUAUAAUAUGACAUGGACCUCUUCUGUACAAUAUAUCUCUGGUCUUGACCCUAGUUGUGGGUUUUUAAGGGGAGCCUCUUCCACCCAAUGAAGGGUGAAUAUCACAGAGGGGUCCCUCAGCACAUUAAAGGGGUUCCAGCCAGAACUUCAUUUUGUUGUGAAGAGUGUAGGAAGGGUUAGAACCUCUAUUUAGUAUUUAUUGCUGUUUGUGACCCCAUACAAAUUGAAAUCUCCCCAAAAUGGGUAAAAAGUCCCCCUCCCCCAGUUGGCUACCAGAACAUUGGAAGAUAUCCCCUCUAAUGCUGUUCUGGUGACAACGUUAUGUUCCCCCUUACUGGAAGAGACAGGAAGUGAGUGUAUUUCUCCUUGAUGGGGACACAGACAGUAAUAUGAAGCUGACAGAGGUGUUAACCCUUCCACAUCCAGGCUAGAUUAUGGGUAAUGUGAAGACCAUCUGAGCCCUUCUUGGCCAUGGUUGUUAGAAAUGGUGGUGUCAUAGAUACCCAGCUGAACAUGGUGUAACCGUUGUUAUCCAAUGGUCUGUGUUCCCAUUGGAUGAUCUCAGAGAAGGGCCAGCUAACGCUUGUAAAUUGCUGAAAGGUCCCCUCUGUAAGUAAGUGGAAAGUUGAACCCUUUCCUAGAGAAUCGUAUUAAUAAUAUUUGUUCUGUGUAACGUAGUCUGUCCAAUAAGAAGCCACUCUAGGCAGCGUUCCUCCCCCGAGCACCAAAUAUCGUAUCUGCUGGCGCCACACUCCAAGGAAAGUGAAGACGGGAGAGAUGAGUGCUGCUCAGAAGAGGACAGAUUGUAAAAAAGGGGGCUGGGGGGGGCUCAGAUUUUCUGCCUGCUGGCCCAUCAUUGACCAGUUCCCUGCUGGGGAAAUGCAGCAAGGCAGAGGGGUGAUGAAAGGGUUAACUGUCGCUCGUCUUUAAUACUCCCACUUCUGGUUGCUAUGGGAGACGGCACUUUACACAUUUACACAUCAUCAUCAUCAUCCUUACUAUCUGUGGGGAUUGAGUCACAAAGCAUGUGUCCCUCUGGGGCCCCAUUAGGAUGGAUUGACCUAUAUCCUGUACAUAGUUCUGUAAAUAAAGUUUCAGCUUGUUUUCUAUGGAAAAGUUGGCAGCCAGGAAAUUGUAUUUAUGUGGAAUGUAUAUAUUUUAUACUUGUAUUUAUAUCGGGGUUCCGAGGAUUGCACCCCCAUCCCUGCGCAAAUUCCUGUACAAAACUGAUUGUUACUUGAAGCUGAUUGUUUGUAAAUGAGAAAUAAGGGGGAUGUCAAAUAUCCUGA